AUGGCGGACACCAGCAAUAGCAGGCGGUUUACGCUACCCAGAGUUGCGCGAGAUCCACGGUUCCGGGCUGGCCGCAAGCUGGUACAAUCGGGCCAGGCGGAACAAGCCGUUGCCUUGUUUGCUUCCCUUUUGGAAGAAUGCCGGACUACCUACGGGGAAGCGCAUAUCGAGGCGGCUCCGGCUUAUUACGAAUACGGCAACGCAAUUUUUCGGGCUUUCCCUCCUCCUGGGGAAGAAGUGGAAGAAAGCGACCGUGGGGAGUCUUCCGUAAGCAAAAGUCCUCACGUCCGGGAUGCCGCUGCCGCCGCCGCGGAACGCCGUGCGCAGGAUACGAGUAACAUGACAACGGACUCGGCGGAUGCAAUCAACAACCACCACAUCGAGGAAGUCAAACCAGAAAAUCUCAUCACCGGAGUAGACCAAGUCGAGACCGAGACUGGUGUAGGCACUAUCGACGAGAGUACCGACGAGAACGACACCGCAGACGACGACGAUCGAAGGUUGGCACUGGAAAUGAUGGAAACGUGUUGGUCUAUCCUGGACGAAUAUCUUGCCUCGGUUGACAGUGAGAGUAGCGCAGAAGUCUCGUACUGUUCCUGGGCUACCGAUCAGGUUCCUCGUGUGCUGACCGGGAUUGGCGACGUCUUCUCGUCACUGCAGCGCCAUGCCGAUGCAGCUGAUACGUACUGCCGGGCCCUCGGUCAUCGACAAACUGCGCUGGAAGCCUUUUCCGAGAAGGAACUUUCCAUUGAGUUUCUGCAGUCUCGCCGUCGAGUGGUGGAAGCCAAUGUUUUGAUUGCCGAAGAGUUGUUGGCGUGCCCUGUCGGCGAGGAUGUGGUAACAUCGGAAAGCAAAGACACGCUGGUGCAAGCGGCCGAACGAGUUGAUUUUGCCCGGGGUUACUACGACCGGGCUCGCGAUCAGCUACAAGAAACCGUCUUAUUGAUGGGCCAGAUGGCAGCCAAAGGAGCGGACAUACAACAGGAAAAAGAAGACAUUUGUUUUGCUUCUACCAUGGUGAUGGGCGUGGGCAUGAUGUUGGCCGAGCUCGAUGAGCAGGCCGCCGAAAAAAACACGGAACCCGUCAAAAAGAAAGGUAGGCAUAAGUAA